AUGAGUACCUUCAAGUCACAGGUCAAGAAACCUUUUUUGAAUCUCACGCCGCGAGCAAGGCUCUUACAGGUAAUCCGGCUCGGUUCGGCUGCUUUGUCUGUCAUCUUCCUACUCAUCAUCAUAUGUCUCGAUCUUAAGAGCAUGCCUGUAGCCAGGCUCGACUGUUCACAUGUGGAGGUGGCUAAUGGUUUGUUCUCUGCGUUGCAGUCGACUGUGAGCACCGGUGCUGUCGGAGUUUUCGAAGGCUCAGAUGUUAGUCUUACCACCUCACAGGUAUUGAUCCUGACCGAGUACGUACAACAGCAGGUGGAAGACGCGCCUCAGUUCAUUGACUCGAAUAUGAUGAACUGGUGUUUUGGAAAUUACAACUACACCAGUGAAGUUGUAAACGGCGAAACUUUUUACAAAAAGAAGCCUCUGUUCUACAAGUGUACGGAUGUGGAUAAGAACUAUGUCUUUGAUUACAGAGGAGAACUAUCCACGAUUGGGCUGAACAUCAUCCUGGCCUACGCUUAUUCAGACUCGUCGUUCUCAGCUGAGUCACUCACUGACUCCGUGCAGUAUCAGCCGGAUGAGGCCUAUCUUAAGACCUUGAAUGAGAGAAGGAAGUCCACUAAGGCCGUUCCAGGCCUGUUCUAUUCCACUGUCUGUUUGCAGACGUUAUUACUGGUACUCGGCAUAAUAUAUUAUGGGAAACGAAACUAUGCCAAGGAUGACACGGACAUGCCCAUGGUGAUUCGCCAGUGCUUUGCAGUGUUGUCUUUGACAGCGUUUUUGACGUUUCUAGCAGGGCUUUGUCUCACUACCAAGAUCUAUUUUGAGAUACAGACAUCUGUUCGUCAGGAAUUAGGGGCUUUCGGUCUCUCUGUGCAUUUGGGGAAAAGCUGGUUUGGAAUGACAUGGACUAAUAUGGUGAUAUGUCUGCUUUCUAUGCUGGGCUGGUGUGGUCCACUGUGGUGUGGAAAUAUCCAGCCAAAGAAGUCUCUCGCCGAAAAUGAUGUAUAUAUGAGGGAAAGAGACUAUAUUGGAACACCACUCAGAAACAGAGCAGCUGGAUUUGAUACCUUCGCCUUCACACCUUCAAGUGACGAAUACCUUGCGGAACACAAGCAGCUAUCCUCUGAGAAUACUGACCAUGGGACGACCUAUGACUUUAGCGAGCAGUCUACUGAAUCUCCAGAUCUAGGGCGCAGCUUAACUCUUGGAAAAUCCAAAUACACUCGCGAGAGAUCACAGUCUCUGGGCAAACUACUCAAUCCCAGCGGGAUCCCGCGUUCCAAUUCCCAAAAGUACAAAGGUGUGGUCAGCUUCAGAGAUGGCGAUUACGGUCGCGACAUCUUUCUUGACGAAAACAACGGUCUCGUAUUUGGAGAUGCUGUUUCCUUCGAGGAACAUUAUAUGCAUGACGGAACGUAA